GGGACGGGAAGAGGGUGCUGUACAACACGGUGGCGGGGAGGACUUCGAGGGCAGACGUACCAAAGCCACCCCAACGGAGAGACACGCCGAGACACCCCUGCCAUCGGGAGCCCUUCGGUCUCAGCUCGGUUACGAAUUCGGCCGAAAAGGUGGAGGGCCCAGGGACGCAAGAGGUUAAGGAGUCGUUGAACGACUCAAAGGACCAGGAGAGAACGGACGUGUCGUCGACACUGAGUAAUCUGUUUGCCGGACUUCCGAAUUUGGCGGGUCCCCAACGCCUCGCCAAUUCCCUCAGGCAGAAAUUCGCCAAUAACUCUGGUUAUACCCGGCCUGGCCUGAUGCGCGCCGCCCAAAUCGCGACGAUCUCUUCGUCACGGUCGCACCCAAGGUCGCACGAAGUGAUCGCGUUUAGUUUAUCGCAUUAGAUCCUGGAAGAGGAUCCUGUUCUAUCGUAAACCCGAGUGAUCAUCUAAAGCGACCACCAUGACGAGCAUACCGCCGAUAUUCAAGAUCGACCUGAACGAGCUCAAGGAGCUCGUCUGGACAAAAGUGCAGGAGCCGAAAGCUCAACGCAAGCUAGUCCUAGCCAUUGUCUCGAUAGCGCUGCUGCUAGAUAACAUGUUGUACAUGGUGAUCGUGCCGAUCAUACCCGACUACCUGAGGUACAUCGGUGCGUUCGACGAUGACGAGAGGGAAGACCUGAACGCCACGGUCGCGCCUGGUCAUCAUGGUCAAGAUUCAGCCACGGGAGUGCUGUUCGCAUCGAAAGCGAUCGUUCAGCUGAUGGUCAAUCCAUUUUCGGGCGCCCUGAUCGACAGAAUCGGUUACGACAUACCCAUGAUGAUAGGGCUAUGCAUAAUGUUCCUGUCGACCGCUGUCUUCGCCUGUGGCAGAAGUUACGGCGUGUUGUUCUUCGCCCGGAGUCUUCAAGGAGUCGGUUCCGCAUUCGCGGACACCAGCGGUCUGGCCAUGAUCGCCAAUCGUUACACGGAAGAGGGAGAACGCUCGAAAGCCCUCGGUAUCGCGCUGGCCUUCAUCAGUUUCGGCUGCCUCGUGGCACCGCCAUUUGGCGGAGCGCUGUAUCAGUUCGCGGGCAAGGAGGUGCCCUUCCUGAUACUCGCUUUCAUCAGCUUGGCCGAUGGAUUUAUGCUACUGUUGGUGAUGAAGCCGCUGAAGGAACAAAUGAAGGAGAGUCAACAGCCACGGCCGCCUACUAUACCCAUCUGGCGGCUGCUCAUGGAUCCUUACAUCGCCGUGUGCGCCGGGGCUUUGAUGAUGUCGAACGUCGCGCUGGCCUUUCUGGAACCCACGAUCUCGAUAUGGAUGGAGGACAACAUCACUCACGACAAUUGGAAGAUGGGGAUGAUUUGGCUACCUGCGUUCUUCCCGCACGUGUUCGGCGUCAUAAUCACCGUCAAGAUGGCCAAACAGUACCCUCAGCACCAGUGGCUGAUAGCUGCCUCCGGUCUCGCGUUGGAAGGCUUUUGUUGCUUCAUAAUACCCUUCUGUACCGGCUACAAGGUUCUCAUGAUCCCCUUGUGCGGUAUCUGCUUCGGCAUGGCGCUCAUCGACACCGCUCUGCUGCCAACAUUGGGCUACCUCGUGGACGUGAGAUACGUCUCCGUCUACGGUAGCAUCUACGCCAUAGCUGACAUCUCGUACAGCGUGGCAUACGCGGUAGGCCCGAUAAUAGCCGGCGGCGUGGUGGAGGCCAUCGGCUUCACCGCUCUGAACGUUGGCAUAGCCUUCUCCAAUCUACUUUAUGCGCCUGUGCUCAUGUACCUGAGACACAUCUACGAUUUCAAGCCGUUCCAAGACGAAGCGGACGUCCUAAUGCAGGACCCGCCCGACAAGGAGUACCAGACGUACGUGCUGCAGGAGCAGAGGCCGCUCUCGGGGGAGGUGGGCAACCACCUGAAUCAAACCCGUAUGGAGACGAGCCUCGAUCAAGGUUACGAUCAGAAUUAUCAAGGCGGGCAAGGUUACGAUCAGAGUGGAUACGGGCAGAAUAUUAAUGCCUCCGGAUACAGUCAAGCCCCCGCCGGGUACGAGCAGCCGCCCAUGUACGAUCAGCAAACCAACUACAGUCAACAGUCGACGGGCUACGGUCAGCAGAGGGCAAGCUACGGACAGGAGCCGCAGACGGCAGGUCAGAUGGACGUGAAUCCGUUCAGAAGACCUACCGCCGAUCAGCAGCAACCAGCCGGUGAUAGUAAUCCCUUUAGACAAGGAAUGUACUAACGCGCCAUCUGAAACUGUGCACACCGGGUAUUCGUGUCGGUUCAGGAAUCAAACAGGACACACGAAUAUCACGAAACAGUCUUCGAGCUAGGCUUCCACUUAUCAGGAUUAUUUCUGUUGCACGCUGUACCUCUGGUGAUCAACGUUUGCCUUUCGUUUCCCGUGAAGUGACCGUGUUUUUCAAGGUUAUGUUCGCGCUGCCUUCUUUCAGAGGGCCAGCGUCCAGGAAUCUGAUGAAAUUAGUGCUCUCAGUUCGUUUUUCUUUGAGAAUUUGUGUUUCUCAAUUGUGAAGUAACCUUAUUUGCAAUGCCGAUCUUUUGGAUUUAUAAUCUUCUCAGUUUGUGCUUAGAGUGUCUGUAUUUUAGUGUAUUAAUUACUUGAAGCAAAUUUUCCAUGUCAUUUUUCGUGCAAACGGCGAGGAACGCGUCCGCGACAAGAAACUUCUAACGAUAAUCGUCGUUCACGACGGAAGAAAGAUCGUCGAAGAGAGAUACAGUGAUCCAAGAAGGGAGAGAACGUGAAAGUUUCUUUCGCCAUCUGGUGGAUGAAAGUAGAAGGAAAAAUAACCUAAUCGCGACGAAGGCUUCUCCUCAGCAAAGACCUUUGCUCGCGAAUUGCCAAAAUCAUCGGCAAAAUCUUUCGUUUUUAUCCGUUUCGUUUGCAUUCCAUUGCUGAACCGAAGUACCAUAUCAUUAAUUAAGGCGUCGAGUUAUAUAGCUGUUGAGGCUUUCGUAUAGAUAAUAAUUGUAUAGAAAAAAAUGUGUACGGCAACGAACCUUUUCUUUCAGCCGUGACUAUUAACGAGUAAACAUAUCAUUGUUAAUUAAUUUCAUCUACCGUUGUUGAUAGAUUGAGCAUUAAUUUUUUCAUUAGUCAUCCAUAGUAAAUGUUCAAUGAAAUGCAAUUAGUUAACCAAAGUUCUAAUCACCUUUGGUUAAAUUAAUGACACUUCAUUAUGGAACAACCUGUAUAUGAGAGGUUAAGUUGUAUCAAUUACGUUAUACCGUUUGAAUUCGAAUUUUAUACAGUUUGAUAUUUAUAAUUCACCGUUUAGUCGCGAAUUCCCUAACCACCUGUUUAGUAACUCGUCCAUCCACGAUGAGGCAAUACUAAAUCGUACCCUUAUAACUAGAUAAGUACGUUGAGCCCUACAUAUCUGUAUUUUUAUGAACCUAGUUUUCUAUGUAGCCAGAAAAAGUCUCGUUUCUUUGGUUCGCGAAGAAAAUCGUGCAAUAUUUAAAUAAAUACAUAGGACAUGUAUAUUUCUAUAUGUAUGUACAUAUCUAUACGCAUACGAAACUAUUAUCAUGUGCCAGCGACUCGCAACUGAAAGCUUCACGAAUUAUUCUGAAGCUGUUCUGCAAGGAAACACUGUUCAACGAAAGGUAGCGUACUCAAUUGUCAAGUUUUCAUUUCCUUUGAACAAAAAUUGAUCCACGUCUUCGUCGUGUUUCGUGGGAAUAUAAACUCGUUUAAAAACGUUGCUGGAAAGGUGUGCGCGAUUGAAAAAUUUCGGGUCAAUUGAGAGGAGCUCAGGAGGCCUGAAAAUGUCCACGAUGUUGACAUUGUAUUGUGCCGGAGAUAAAGGUUAAGAAGAAAAAAAUACAGUGGAAGGUUCUAAAAUAUAUAGGAAAGAUUGUACGCCUCAAAAGAAAUCGAAAAGUCCUUUACCAUUUUUUCAUCCGUGACUUUGUUUCGGAGAUAUAAGCGAUCAAAGAUUAGAAGUUCCGCCAUUGAGGUAUCAUGCUUAGAUCUCGCUGGUUGGGCGAACAGCUGAUCACGUGAUCGCAGGCACCUGCGCGCGCAUCAUAAUUUAAUCGCUUAUAUCUUUAAAACGAAGCUACAGAUCACAAAAUGGUAAAGGAACUUUCAGUUAGUUAUUUCAUGAAUAAUCUACAGUCUUAAAGGCGUACUUUAACAACCAAGCAAUUUACAAUGAAACAUCGAGGAUUAACAAAUUCUGGACUCUACUCUUGUCCUUCGAAAUCAUCGCGAGUGCUUUGAGUUUACAGUGCCUGAACUCUUCAAGUUUGUACCCCUUCCCUGUAAUACAGUCGUUAGGUACGUACAGUACCGAGCAUGGAGGUUUCCCUAGGGAAAAUGGCGAUGUAGAAAGAGGUUGCAUUCGCAAGCAAACGUGUACUUUAGAAAAUUUUAUUGCUUGUCGAGUUUCUAGCGUUCUAAUUCUUGAGUGUUAUGGCAAAUGGUGGAACUUUCUGUCCUUAUGUCACCAUCUUCCCUAGGGAACCCUACUCGGCUCGGGAUUGUACUUUAGGCAUAUUUAUAUACAAAGUAGGCGAACGCAGUUUUUUCGUUUCUUUGCAGCGAAUAAGAUGGUUAUAUACGCGUAUGAUCUAUGAGCUGGCCUCUAUUAAUAACGAUCUUAGCUCGUUAAUGGUUGAUCGAAUUUCAACGUGCCUUUUGCCGAUAGUUAUCUCGAAAGAAUAGUUUAUUUGGACAGCUGAUCACGAGAUAAUUAAUUUUUUUAAAUGUUUUAUUUUCCUUUCCAUAAGAAAUUGUUUAACAUGGGAUCAGUUGAUCCAAUAAGAUGGCGUCCAACAAUUAAACAUCCAAUAUUUAAUAGCUUAUAUUUAAAAUACGAAGUAACAUUUUGCAAAAUGGUAAAGGACCUUUUGAUUUCUUUGGUCACAAUGUAUCCACCUAUUUUGUAUCGUUGAAAAUGGAAGAUAACUAUUGUGCAAGGCGUUGUAUGUACCUAUAUCGCAAAUUAUAUCACAAAUAUACAUAUACAUAUAUAAAUAUAUAUAUAUACCCACGUAUACGUAUUAUCACGUACACUCGUAGCUUCUUUUGUCUCUUGUAAAUACGUUAUAUUUGCGCGAGUUACAAAAAAAGAAGAAAAUGAACAGUGAUCUCUUCGUUUUCCAUACGAGGGACCUGCGUAUACAUACAUCAUAUCUAUAUGUAUUAUACCGUUUGUGUGUGGUGCGAUUUAGAUAUAAACACGCACGUAGAAAAAAGGAGGCCGAGAGAAAGAUGAAUAAAAAUAAUAUUCGCGACGAAAUUUGAGAAAAUCUUUCGUGGAAUAACAAUGGAGGUUUCGUUAGGAGUAUGCUAAAGUUUAGGUUAGUUUUCUAACCUAUAAACCUAACUUUACGUUAUUCUUUUUUUUGUUAUAAACUGAGGACAAAUUAAUUACUUUCUUCUUAUUUUUACGUAAUAAAGUAUAAAUUAAAGUAUUUAUCCUUAAUUUCUAAUAUAUGGUUCCUAACCUCUUUAAGCGCAAAAAGGCGGGAAUUUUGAUUACGCGUUAGAAACAUUAGGACUUCUGCAUACACCUAAUAAUACUUUGCCAUAUUUUUGUCUGAAUAUCGUGUUUUCAGUACCCUUUUUUUUUGUAUGAUCAUCAGGAAUUUAUUAAAUUGAAAAUUUACACAUCAGGAGGGAGUAUUUGUAUCAAAAACGAAACGCUUUGGAAAACUAUAUCAAGAACCCUGGCUCUUCUGCUUUUACCCAGACUCAAAACUAUCCACUCCAUUGCAAUUUUAUUUUCAAUUUAACGCUGAACCGCUGUUUUUGCUCAAAAUGUAACCACAAAGAGUGCAGUAUUAUUAUCCUUGCGUCGGAUCUGAUACAAAGAAUCCUUGAAAUUGCUAUCUUCGUGACUGCAUUGAAAUUAUAAAGAAAGAUAAAAAAAAGUAACACACUAGCACUUAUGGCGUGCAUAUACACGAAAUCACUGACAAAUACUUGUGUACUCUAUACUUGACGAUGGCAUACACAGCAGAACACGCAUGUAUGUAUGUAUAUUUAAUGAAAUCAAGUACCGAACUGCGUAUGUACUUAAAACCUACAAUACUGUAAUGUUGUUGAACCGGUUAUUAAAGAUGUCAUUGUUACCGAA